UUCUGAACACGGAUAGAUUUGUGUUUACACAGCAAAUAUGGUAGCUCGCUAUAACCCAAAUAAAUAUGGUCGAUAAUUUGGCGGUAGUACCUGUUUCCUUUAUACAAAACUACGCUCUGGUUGAUGUUUAAAGUGUUUGUAUUCCCAAAAUAAAAAUGGCGAUAAUGAAGUCUGUCCUGUGAUUGACGCUACUCGUGUUUAUUUCAACUCGUCUUUCCUUGAAUUUCCUAACGUGUUGUGCUAGGGUCCCUAUGGAUGCAGAGUGCUCCCAGCUACUGCCCCAUGUGUGUGGGGUACUUGUUGACAACAGGCAACUUAUGACAGAUAGCUCCUGCUUUGAGAAACUGUUGGACUGGUUUACGCAAAUGCUUAACACAGUUUCAGCGGAGCAACUGCUGGAAGAGAAUCAAUGCAUCUUGAUGCUUUUUCAGCAUGUCUUGAAUGCCGGUGAUCCUGAUCCAAAUCUUCUUAGUUUUUCCAUGCGCCUUGUGGGAAUGCUUGCAGGCCAUGAAACAGGCUUUAAGUAUCUGAUGAUGAAGAAUAUUGUGCAACGUAUGUUUGGUAAAUAUAUCUAUACAAAUGAGCUAUGGAGAGAUGCAUCAGUAAGAAGGGCCUGGAUCCAAGGACUGCUCAGCAUGGUUCAGCAUAAGCAGGCUGUUUUCUUUUUAUCAGAAUCGGCAAUUAUAGAGGUGAUGUUAAAUCUACAAAUGGACUCCAGCCUUUUUGUUGCUUCUGCAUCCAACCAACUUGUAGCUCACACGUUUCUAGUUUGUCUGAAGAUGGAACAAGAAAACUCCGAAAGCAAAGAGAUUCCUAAUUGGCCAGAAAGUGCUCAAACAAUAUUAACAUUCUUGGAGAAGUCACUGAUGUCUGGGAUUUCUUUUUCUGUAACUCAGGCAAUCAAAGUUCUUACUUUAUUUUAUAAGGGUUGCACAGAUACCUUGGCUGCUAUUUUGUGGUCACGUAUAGUAGUAGCAGUGAAUUCUCUUCUGGACCAGAAAACAGUUCAAAGUGCUAAGCAUCUUGAAGAACUUCUUCUUUGUGUGGCCAGGUUUCCUGCCUUUAGUGAUCCAGAAAGUGACCUUUGGACUCUGAUAAAGCAUGCCCUGAAAAACUUAAAUCCCUUACAGUCAGGCUCCUUAGCACUGGGAAUCCUAAAGUUAGAACACUGCCCUCAGUCAGUCAAUCUGCAAGCAAUGUGUGUGCUUCUUCAUCCACUCGACUGUGUGUUAAAAGCAUCUGUCUCCUGUGGUCAGCCAGGUAUGCUUGAUGAAUUGGUGUCUGAUCCUGCUGAAGUCGACAAUUUUUUAUCUACCAAGGCUUCCUGUGUGACUCUGCUCUGCCAGUGUCUGUGCCAUCUCCACCAGCUCUGCCAUAUGGGUUCACUUAUAAAAAUACCCCAUGAAUCUGUGCUAAACUGUGUAGUCACAGUGUUACAGUUCUGCAUUGGUCAAGCAGCUGGGGCUUCAUCUGCAGGAUCCAGCCUUUGCAGAUUUUUGAUAGGGUGCCUCAGGGUACAAAGAUCAGCAAUGGAUACCCUUGGGUCACUUGCACUUUGGCCACUGACCCAGGAUUCCUUGCUGAAAAUAUACAAUGUAUUGCUUGCUUACCUUGAGAAUCCAGAGUCAGACCCAACGGUUUUGAAAAAGAGUCUCCAGGCAUCCUUAAAAUGGCUGCAAGUCUCUUUAGUCUCCACAGACAGUGAACACUGGCAUUGCAGCUGUAGGUUUUUGCAAGAUGUGUUCCCAGUUCUUAAGAAGCGUAUGUGCAGCCCCUCAUGGGAAAUUCGGGAUUCCACUUUAGAGUUCCUUGCACUCCUUAUAGACUCAGUAAAUGAAAAGGGUCUAUUUCAGAAAGUAUUUAGAACUUCAGGAGUUUCACAACUUGUUCUGGAGUUGCUGAAGGAUCCUGAGAGCUAUGUACGAGCAAGUGCAGUAUCCUGUCUGGGAAAAAUCGUCGCUAUUACUCUCCUUUAUCCUACAUUGUGUGAAGAAAAUUGGUUACCAAUUAACACUGAGGACAUUGCGUCACAUCUAUUGGAUAUUUUAUCUCAAGACACAGAGAGUUUUCCAAGAAGAGCAGCAGUAAAGGUUUUCACCGAUUGGCUUAAACAGGGUCACAUGCAGCAUUUUAAGGACCCAAAGCAAAUGCUUUCCAAGAUACUGGAAGUGACCUGCAAUGAUUUAGAUUGGGAGGUUAAAGUCAAUGCUCUUGAUCUUGCAGAUGUAUUUCUGGACCAAACACUUGCUAUUUGUAAUUUCAGUGGUUGUCCAUACACAGUAGGUCUACAUUGUAACAACAGCAGUUACGCUGUGACUGAAGCAAUACAAAAAUGUGACGAAGUCGGACUCUUUCAGUUUCUACUGAGUAGCCUCUGUGACUGCGAUAGGCCAGUAGCAUUAAAAUCCUGUGAUAUGCUUUGUGCUUUAAAGGAAAAGCUGCGUGUAGGAGAGUCUGCAACAGAAUAUGUCCCAUCGGAGCUCCAUGAUACAGAUUGGAUAGAAAGUAUACUAAAAGAGAGAUGUGUUAAAGAUCACAAAAGUUAUAAUGGUGUGGCACAAGAUGCAAACUGGUUUACUGACAUUUUGAAGAAAGUUGAUUUGGUCGGCCUAAAAACCUCUCUAUCAAAGGGCAGUGGCCAUAUGCAUGAAACUCCGCAGUCACUUUUAUACGAUAUCAAAGCAACAUUGUGGAGUCUGGAGGAACAUGAUGCAGAUUGCUACUAAUCAGGAAAUAUAUUUCUGCAGAUUAACAUGUAUAUACUUGUCUGCUACAUGUUACAAACCAGUGAAUAGGAAAUCAUUUCCCUAAAUGGGCAUACAGAGCUUGGUCAACAGGAAUGAUAUUUAUGCAGUAUAUGUAUUCUUAAAAACCAAAGAAAAGUAGCUCAAAGCAUAAUUUAAAGUGACUGAUUUUUAUCCACUUUGUAUUAUACUUCAAGAUUACACAUCAUCCUUCGGUGCCAUUGUUUCUGUCUCCAGUCUUUCAGCCCCUCUAUUUAAUUAAAAAGCCCAUCUUUGGGGUCUAAGUUGCAAUUUUCUUUGGAGGAGGUGACCUAGCAGCCUGUGGCAUAGUGCAACAUUUUAGUUAGUGGCACACGGGGCACGAUUAAACCUCGGCUACCAGGGGUAACAAAUCUCUAUGAAAAGUUUUUCCACUGACAAAGUGAAUGGCCGGUUGGGAAACAUACACAGCACUUUGUUUUCCGAAGUUAUUUGAUGUUUCCAGCAGGGCCAAGCAACACCUGCGUAUGAGAGAUGACACUAUCUUUAAUGAGCUUGUGUCGCUGAUUGUUUGGCCCUGCUUGAAACUUCAAGUAACUUCGGAAAACAAGGUGCUGUGUAUGCCUUGGUUUGGCCACUAACCAGAAUGUGCAACAUAGGCAUAGUGCAACACAGUCUUCUUAAACAGACUGCAUGGAUGUUUUAAAAGAAUCAUCACUCUUUUAAAACAUACAUGCUGUCUGUUUAAGAAGGCUGUUUCUAAUGUAAACUGAAUUACACCCUUUUUGUAAAAGUCAGCAAGUUCUUGUAGGUAAUGGACGCAAGGAUACGGUGCCCCAAUACCAAACCAAAGUCGUUAUAUUUUAAUUUCCCUCCAUGGACACAACACUGGAGCUAAACAUGUUAAGAUGUUUUGAAACAUUUUACUGUUAUUUUUUAAAAAUUAUUGUUUAACAAUAAAUCACAUAUAUACAUUUAACACUGUAAGUGUUAUACAAUGCGA